AUGAAAAGAAAGGGAAUUAAGAAGGCAGUUAUUAGAAACUCUGCAAGACUAAUGCAACAGAAUAAGGAGGCUACUGCUGCAUCUGGAACACGAUCCUUGCUCAAUGAGAGUGAUGAAGAAUCUUUCAGUCCAACCAUGUCAUUCCAUAGUAGUGAUAGUGAUAAUGUGUCUUUGGUUGAUAGUGGUGAAGAGGCUGAGGUAGAGGAUGGAAUUAGGAUGGAAGAUGUUGAUGCAGGUCAUUUUGAUCCAUUUGAAGGACCAGUUUGGGAUGAUCAAUGUGAUGACUUUGAUAAUAAUUUGACUAAGUUGUAUAAGAAAGGGGAAUUAUACACAGACAAAGGUUUUGGGAACAUUAUGAUUAAGGAGUGGCAAUUGUUUACAGAUAAGCAACAUUUGAGGGAUGUGAUUAGGGAUUAUUGCAUACAAUCUGGUUUUUCAGUGAUUGUUGAUAAAGUAAAUUGUGAGUGGAGAUUGCAUGCUUCUAGGCUGCCUGAUGGUGUUACUUGGGCUAUCAAAAAAAUUCAAAAUGCUAAACACACAUGCUUGGGGUUAGAAACCAAAAACUCUAUGGUAACAGUGAAGUGGGCAUGCUAUGCCUUACUAGAGGACAUAAGGGCUAAUAAUGACAUCCCAGGUAAGGCUUUGAAUGAGCUUUUGUGGUCCAGAUAUGGUGUUGAAAUGGCACAAACAAGCUUGUAUAGGGUGAGGAACAUGGCCUUGAGUAUCAUUAAUGGUGGGAAUGAUACAUCAUAUAGUGCAUUGCCAUCUUAUUGUGAUGUUAUCAAAUCAAAAAAGAGGGUAUCUCUGGAUGCCCUUUUUUCUGGUUGUAGAAGUGUUAUUAGAGUGGAUGGGGCUCAUUUAAAGGGUAAUUAUGGUGGUGUUUUGUUAUCUGCAAUUGCCCUUGAUGGCAACAAUGAAAUGUUUCCAGUGGCAUGGGGAAUUGACAAGGCUCUCAAUGAUUUGUGGCCUAAGGUGCAAAGAAGGUAUUGUUGCAGACACCUUAGUGCCAACUGGAAGAAGUGUUUUCCUGGACCUAAGUUAUGGCAACUGUUUUGGCUAGCAUGUGGGGCCUUCUCAACCUUCACAUUUGCAAAGGCCAUGAAUGAGAUUGAAAAAAACAAACCUGAAACAAGGAAAUGGCCUGCUGAUUUGGGUCCACAUGAGAGAUGGACAAAACAUAAAUUUGAUCCUGAAUUGAAGUGUGACAUUAACAAGACAAAUUUUUUGGAAAGCUUCAAUGCAACCCUAGGAACUGACAGGUCUUGCAGGGCUUUCAUAUUUAGUCCAGAGGAGUAUGCGGUGGUGGAGGGUAAAUCAACUCUAUCUGUCAGUUUGAACCAACACACAUGCCUUUGCAAUGUGUGGCAACUCACUUGCAUACCAUAUAGGCAUGCAAUGAGAGCCAUUCUUCAUGAAGGUCUUGAUCCACAAUCAUUGGUUCAUGAUUGGUAUUCAGUAGAGAAAUAUAAGUUGGCCUAUCGUCACAGCAUUAAACCUAUCUCUGACCAGGAUAAUUGGCCAGCUACUGAACACCCUACUAUACUACCUCUUGUGCUCAAAAGAGGUGUUUGUAGGCCUUAUAGGAACAGAAAGAGAGGUGAUGAUGAAGAGAGGAAGGGAAAGAGGAUCAAGACAAUAAAAUGUGGAAGUGAGGAGAUUUUGGUCACAACAAGGCCACUUGCAAGGGAGGGGCAACAAAAAAACAAAAGGCAGCAAGAAACACUGAUGAUGCUUAAACUUCCAAGAGCAACGGAACGUCAGUAG